GUGAAAAAAUUGCAAAGCGUCAAAACAUCGAGAAUAUAGAUAAACAAUCAAACGAACAAAUAACAAUAGUAGAAAAUAAUAUGAAUGAAAUGAAUAGAAAAAAAUGGAUUAAUGCGCGGGAUUCGAAAAUAGAAAAGAAAAUUAAAAAUCAAAUAAAUAAAAUAAUUGAAGAAAGAAAUAAAAAUCAAAUAAAUGAAAUAAUCAUUGAAGAAAUAAAUAAAAAUGUAAGAAAAUUAAUGAUGAAAACAACUGGUCCUAUUUAUUACAGAAAGAAAUAUAUGUCAGAGUGGAUAAUUAGACAAAAAAUAGGGAAAAUAAUCAAGAAUAGUAUAGAGGAAACAAGUGAGAAUAAAAUUAAUAAAUUGAUAGAUACUCUUUUGGAAAAUAUGAGGCCAAUGAUAGAUGAAGAUAAAAUUAUAAAGGACCUGAUUAAAGACGCAGAGAAAACGGAGUUAGAAUCAACGAAAAAAGAAUUGAAAAAUGAUCGUAUUAAUAAAGAAAAGACAAAAAUUGAUAAAAAGAAAAAUAUUGAGGUAAUUGAAAAAAAGAAAAGUAUUAAGGAAAUUGAAGAAAAGAAAAGUAUUGAGGAAAUUGAAGAAAAGAAAAGUAUUGAGAAAAUUGAAGAAAAGAAAAGUAUUGAGGAAAUUGAAGAAAAGAAAAGUAUUGAGGAAAUUAAAGAAAAGAAAA